AUGGCGCGUGUUUUAAUUUUGCUGUGUACUUUAGCGGCUGUGUCAGCUGUACCAGUACAAGACCCUGUCAUCAGGAAGCUGGUUCCAGACGACAUCAGGUACAAUUACGCCGAGGCGGAAGACGGCACGCUACACCUGGUGGACUCCUGGGUGAAGGUCAGCGAUCUGGUGAAGAGCGCGCGAUUCAACCCCGAUGUUGAUAACCAGUACCAUCUUUUCACGAGGGAUAACCCCAAUCUCAGCCAGCCCAUUGUGCUGGGCAACAGGGAGAUAUUGUCGCUUACGAAUUUCGACCCUACGAAGAGGGUAAUAGUGCUCAUUCACGGUUUCCUGGGUUCGGGCACUGCUGGCUCCAACCAAGCGCUUGUACCUGCAUUCUUGGCUGGUGAAGAUGUCAACGUUAUAGUGGUGGAUUGGAGCCGUGGCUCGCACUGGGGCCUUAAUGGAAUACAAGUCGGUCGCGCAGUAGCCCGUUUCAUCGACUGGUUGAAUUCAGUAACUGGAGCCACCGCUUCCCAGUACCACAUCCUAGGGUUCAGUGUGGGAGGACACACGGCCGGCAUUGUGGCCCGACACGUACAAGGGGACGUGGCUUAUGUGACGGGUUUAGACCCUUCGUCCAGAUGGGAGAUCGACGAGAUCCUGAGCCCCAACGACGCGAGCUACGUCGAAGUCAUUCACACCAGUGCUGGGGUCAACGGAUGGAAAGAUCCGCUGGGUCAUGUGGACUUCUAUCCCAACGGAGGAAACAUCAUGCCCGGAUGUAACCUGAACAUAGUUUGCGAUCAUCAAAGAUCGUAUAUAUACAUGGCAGAGUCGGUCCGCACUGGUGGGUUCACGGGAUGGGAGUGUAGGUCGCAACCGGAGGCUUCGAUAGGCUCCUGCAGCUUGCCUGGUAGGCUAAGGAUGGGUGGGCUUUUACCUAAAACUGGGUCCAGAGGGAUUUUCUUCUUGAGGACUAACAGAAGGGCACCCUUCUCGCAGGGUUGA